UAUGAAAACUGUUCAGUUGUGGUUUAUUGAGAACAUUUCUGGAGGACAAGCUGAGACCUUUAAGCCUUCAUGUGUUCUCCAGACAUGUUCCUCUCCGGGUUCCUCUGGUUCUUCUCCUGAGCAGCAGACCAAUGGCUGCCCGGGCAGCUGCAGCGGCUCUGGAUCAUCUAACAGGAAGCUGCUGGCCGGGAGAUAAAACCCGCGUUUGUUUCUUCUCAAGAUGAUCACUGAGGACUUUAGUCUCUGCAGAAGCAGAGAAACGGGCCUGGUCGGUGCAGCUUGUCUGGGUCGGAACUUUGUGGCCAGGUUCUGCGGGCCAGCAGCUGCUUUCCAUCGCCUUUAACGCCUUCCUUCCUCCAACUGUUGCAUAACUCCUCAAGGUGACGGUUGGGGCGGGACUUCCGCCCGAGCCAGCGCUCCGACAGGGAAGUCGUCGUGUUACUUUCCUCCAGCGUCACGGGUUCGGUCCGUGGGAGAGAAAACACGCGAACUCCGCGGCUUUAAGUUGCCACGAAGGGUUGGAAAUCCGACAGGGGCGAAGUCCGCCGAGUCCCCCCUCCGCCGUGAGGUCCACCUGAGCCCGGCUGUCAGCGAGGAAAUGAGCCGGCAGGAGGCGGAGGGCGCUCCGGCAAGGUGAGAGUGGCGCCAGACUUCUUUGAGUAUUUCCGAGCCCUGCUGCCCGUCCUGAAAUCCGACCCCAGCCUGUGGUGCGUGUCCGCCUGGAACGACAACGGCAGGGACGGAUAUGUGGACCCUGGUAAGGCGGACCUCCUCUACCGCACCGACUUCUUCCCGGGUCUGGGCUGGAUGCUCCUCAGGGAAGCCUGGGAGGAGCUGGAGCCCAAGUGGCCCGCCUCGUUCUGGGACGACUGGAUGCGUCAGCCGGAGCAGCGGCGGGGGCGCGCCUGCGUCCGGCCGGAGAUCUCCCGGACGCUGACGUUCGGCCGCCAGGGCGUGAGCCUGGGCCAGUUCUACGACAAGUACCUUAAAUACAUCAAGCUGAACUCCGAGUUUGUGCCUUUCACCAAGCUGGACCUGAGUUACCUGAAGGAGGAGACCUACAGGAGCAACUUCGACAAGGAGGUUUACGGCGCUGCCGUGGUAACGUACGAAGACGUGAAGCAGGGCCAGCUGACGGGAUCCGGGCCGUUCCGCCUUCAGUACUCCAGUAAGGACAGCUUCAAAGUCAUGGCCAAAAAUCUGGGAAUCAUGGAUGACCUGAAGUCUGGAGUGCCGAGGACAGGGUACAGAGGAGUGGUCAGCUUCUUCUACCGAGGCCGGAGGAUCUACCUGGCUCCGCCUCCCGGAUGGACCCAGUACGAUCCUACCUGGAGCUGAGAAUCCACCUGUGUGCAGCAGCCCUCUGACACAUUCCAAACCAAAGAUUAACAAAAUAUGAUUUAUGCUAUUUGCCCUUAAUGAUGCAGGAUGGGUUUAGGAGGUAACAGCCAACACUACUCAGGUUUUUCCAUUUUUUUUCCCAAAGCAACCUUCUCUGGAGUGCAGAACACAGCCAGAACCGCCGAACACAGAUCUGCUGUAAAUCAGCAGAGGUCUAUUUUUCUAGGAUGCUGACUGUGCACGUUUCAUCCAUGCAUUCGAUGCACUGGCCGAGUUUGCCUUAUGGAGUUUUAAGUUAUUGGAGGCUUCUGUGAGUAAAUCCUGUGAAGGAACCCUGUGGCUGAGCGGUUCAUCUCAUCCGUUACACGGUUCUCGUUGUUGAUGAAGAAAUCUGCUCUUCCUGCUUAUAGUUUGUCGGAUGAUUUCGUUUGGGAUGUUUCUGGAGGUUUGUUGCCUUGAAAUCACUGUGGGGAAUUGUAUGUUUCUUUUUUUCCUUUGGAAUAAAAACAAAAUGAAUGCUGAAUUUUCUGUUUUGAUCAUAACACAACUCACUUUUACACAUGAGGUUAUGAUCCAUGUAUCGUCUAAUAUUCUAAACUGUGAUGUUCUUAAUGUCAGCUCUACAGUCUAAGUUAACGAAGCCCUUAUUGUCAUUUGUUUAUAAUUUCCAAAGGAUUCUAUAAAACAAAUUAUGCAAAACUGU